AUGCUGUCUUCAACUGAAUCAAAUUCCAUCCUCACAAUCAACAUCGUCACUGCGUCGACCGGCCCAAUCCUGAGAACAGAAAUGUCUGGUCAGAUAUCCCAACUCCGAACCGCCGUCGAUGUCCUGUUGCGCAUGUCUAACCUGCCUCCCCUCUCGUCGUACAAUCUAUCAAGCCCAACCUCGCUCGAGCAAGACAUAUCCCGCACUGCAGAUGAUGAUGCGAGCCGCGAGGAUCGCGACGAAUCACUUCCACUGGCGCAAAUUCUGACACCUUUGGCCGCUGAAGAUGAAGGUCUGUGGACCAAUUUCUUCUGCUACGGAAUACUUUGUCCGCAUGAUGGUCUCGAAAGCCUUCGAAAAAGCUCCACCGCCCUUACUGCUGCCAUUUGUGCUGUAGCCUCCCUUCGUGACCCCAAAGGAUCCAACAAUUGCAAAGUCUGCCACACCGAGUUCCUCAAGACCAUCUCAUCAUCUAUCUUUUCGAUGUCCCAUACCGCAGAUGAUAUUCGAGCCCUGAUUGUUGGCGCAUAUUGGCUGGGCAACGUCUCAUAUACCCUGCUCGAACACGCAGUACAAAUCGCCAUAAGACUCAAUUACUAUCUCUACUAUUUCUCGGUUAUGAAAGGUCCUAGCCAGCAGGACAAGGUUGUUUAUUUUCGCAUCGUAUUGGCCAAUGAUGCUCACUUUUACUGCUGA